AGUGUGUAUUACAAUAAAGGGGUUUUUAAUUAAAAAGAAAAGUGAAAUAAGUAAAACGCAGUAACAUGUUGAAAAUACUGCAAUGUGAUAACAUGGACAAAAACAAUCAACAUCAAAAUCAACAAUUUCUUCCUGAUAUUCGCGAUGAAAAGAUAACAGCACGUUGUUACAGCAACGAAACAUGGUUAGACAGCAAACCUAAAGAGAUCAUAAAGGACCCUAAUGGGAAACACAUAAACUUUGUUGGAAAGUUGCCAGAUAUUAUUCAAAAACCUAAAACGACGUGUAAUUCAACAUGUAUUGAGACAUCAGCUUUAGAAUUAUCUGAAAUAGAUCUACUCGGUGAAUCUUCGACAGAUUUGCACGAAGCUAAUGGUGCUUACAAAACAGGAGAGACUCGAAAAGACUGUAUCACAAUGCUGAAAGAGGAAAAGGUACAUGGCCUUAUAUCAAAUAAUCAUAGUUCAGAUUCGACGUCAAAAGUUAGGAGAGAAGACAUGUUAGAUAAACAACAUCAAAACAGCGAUGAUAAAACUCAAAGAAAAAUACGAAGGGCGAUAAGUGAGACGAAGAGUCCAUCAGAACAUGUUCGGAUGACAAAGCAACUGCUAGAAGCAAACAGACGAAGUGUCUUGAACGAUACUGUGCAUUACGAAGAUGAAGAAUUCCACUUGAAUGUUAUACAAAGCAAUUUAUCCAAAAUACACGAAGACGUUGUUUCUGCAUCUCAUAAGAGAAACAAAAAAACUGCGCUAAGGCGCUGUAAUACUGCAGAAUUUUACGAUUUCAGCGAUCAACCAAAGGAGAUAGAUAAAGGCACAUACAGUGAUGAGGAAAAUGAACAAAACUAUUUCUUAGAAGAAACUAAACCCGCAAACCGUCGCCGAAGAUUCAAAAGAACGGUUUCGUUGGGUUUCUCCAAGUUUCGACAAAAAAAAUCACAUCAAAAGUUUCAAAACGAAUAUUCACCUCACGAGGUUAGUGCCACAGGACACGAAACAUCGCGUCGUAAAGGUACAGAAUGUGAUGACGAACCUGUUAAAACAGCCAUGGAAGGAAGCAACGUAGGUGAUUUGCUAUGUGGCGAAAGAAAGCGACCACUUGUUAGGACAAUGUCAGAGCCGAUUCCAUAUGGCAGCGAUGAAGACGAGAAUCUUGACGAAUUAUAUUUGCCAAGAAGAAUGGCAAUAUGUCCUGACUUACCUGUGCCAGCUAUGAAACAAUUGAAGACGUAUUUAAUUCUUACAAGGCUGAGACAAUAUUGUUUUGUGUGAAAAUUGGUUUAAUAGGAAAAGUUGUACGAAUAGUUGGAAAAAUCACAUAUUGCUUAAAAUAAUGGUUGAAUUGGGGUGUAUUAGUUCUUUGCACGAAAAGUUCAAUUGCGUAAGAUUCAAGGCGGGUGGAUUGAUUUUAAAUUUGGGUGCAUUAUUGGUUAAUUUCUGUUUUUAAAUGAAAAGCGCGUCAUGAAUAUAGGAAGGUGAACCAUAAACACAAUCUUGAUACUUUAAACUGCUUAAAUCACUACAUGGAACUGGCAGAGCUGUUGAUAGAAGAUGUGAAGGAAAUGCUAAUUCCGUUGCCGAAUUAUCUUGGCUACGAAAAAAGGUUGCACAGAUGAAACUUAAAUGACAUAUUUUCCCAUUUAAAAUAUUUUGUAGAAAUUGGGUAUAAACCUUCGCGUAAUUUAUGUUCUUUUAACUCGUACUAAUGUUGCACCAUGGAAGUUAAAUAAAAUAGCUUUUAACGAUGUUCGUAAACGUUAUUAAUGGAGAAGUUCCGUGAAACAGUCCGGUGUAACAGCCUGGAGAAACAACCCGGUAAAAUAGUGCAUCGAAGCAGCCCAGUGAAACAGUCUGAUGAAACAGCGGGUAAAAUAGUUAUCAAAAACUUGACGAUAUAGUUCGGUGAUACAUACCAAUGAAACAGCCCGGUGAAAUAGUCAGGUGAAACAGCCCGGUGAAAUAGUCAGGUGAAACAGCCCGGUGAAAUAGUCAGGUGAAACAGCCCGGUGAAAUAGUCAGGUGAAAUAGCCCAGUGACACAGCCUAAUUUUGUUUAUCAAUCGUGUUGAUAAUAACGAACAGUGAGUAAGUUAUGACAAAGUAUACAUUGUCAAAUUUUUAUGUUUCUUUAACCGACAUUUCUUAUUAGUAUUAUAUUGAUACAUUAUCUUAUUUAAUACGGAAGUGGUUUGCUGUAGCUUGUUUAUCCUGCGGUAAAAGCGUAUACAGUAGGUGACGAAAUUAUGGCCAGCAAAUAUUUUGGACCAAAUUAAACGUUUUAAAAAGUCGAGUUCUUAGAGACACCAGAGACGAAUUUUGAACCUCGCAUGAAUAAAUGUUUGCAGAUUUGUGCAUUUUUCUUUUCUUUUUUUUGUGUUUUUUGCGCAAAAACUAAUAUCAUCUUUAUGGUUACGAGGACAUAAUAUAUAAAGUGUGUCGAAACUUGCACUGACUUUUAUUUGUUUUUAUCAUCAGCUUUCUGGUAAAAAGUAAUAACAAAUAAUUAAAAAUGACUCAAAUUUUUUGUCAGCCGUAAGCGUCGAGUCUUAAGUGACGAGAUUUUGAAAAGGUCCUAAGUGACAAGAUUUUAAGAAGACUUUAAAUGACGAGAUUUUGAGAAGGUGAUAAGUGACGAGAUUUUGAAAUCUUAAGUAACGAGAUUUUGAGAAGGCGCUAAGUGACAAGAUUUUGAGAUCUUAAGUGACGGACGAGAUUUUGAGAAGGACUGAAAGAAUUAGGACCGACAAGGAGCCGAAAAAAAUUGGCUAAAAAAAUUAGGCUCAUAAAGUAUGCACAGACAGAAAAUGAUAUGCGUGCGAAGUACGAUAAACAGACAACAACAAAUUUCGACUUAAUGAUGAUCAAAUGUAAUUAUUUAUAUAUUUAUAACUUCUACAGCUGGCGGUGGAUUUCAAUAUUGGUUAACACGUGUGUAUAAUACCAAUCGAUGACUAUAAAAAAUAUCUCAAAAUUUUAGUUUUCCUUCA